UGAGUUUCAUUAAUGUUUCAUUUUUACAGAAUGUUCGAAAAAAAGCACAAGCUGUCCAAAAACAAAACACUGCCCCUCACGUGAUGUCUCGUGGGGGUUAUGAAUAUUUAGAAAAAAAGUUGAUGGAUGAGAAGAGAAAGAAAAAACUAGAGGAAGCAACUCAAUCCGGAAGCACUGACACCGUCAUUGAUCCUCCAUCUCCCAUCAAACGACACGUGAAGUGGAAGCUAGCCCGCACCAAGAAAACUGGUGACAUGACAUCUGAAGCAGCAAAGGAAAUUGCUGACAAGAUUGAUGCGCUUGAGGAGCAGGCCUCACAGGGUUCCUUUGUUACCCAUGGACGUCAUGAUAUACUGACUGCUGCCAUUGGGCGACCAGAACACCCUGGUCGUGUGCGUGCUGUAGGAGCCGGUAUAACCAUCAAACAAUACUUUGGAUCAGCUUCAAGGACCUCCUCCAUUGCUCCCGAAUACCUGCAACAGUUGACGCAACAAAUCAAGGACCAACUAGAGGAUUCAAUCACAGAAAAAGUCACUCGACGGCUAAUGUUAUCCCUCAGCCAAAUGCAAUCACAGGGACUCGCACUGCCUCCUGAACCUGAUGUUGGUCCUUCAGCUGCUCGUGUCAGCACAAAGGAGAGUUGUGUUGAUCCCUCAGGGAACGAUCUAGACACCGGUGACUCAUACAAAUGUGGGUUGUAUAUUGAAGAAUAUCCUUCUCGCCUGGUUGCCCUGGGAAGAGUUUAUGAGGGAUCUACAACAAUUCACAACAUUCCUUUGUUGCAUGAUCAAGUUAAGGUUGGUGUUGAGGAGAUUAGAGAUGUAGAUGCUCCCAUUCCUGUACCCACUAAAGAGGUUAAGGUCGUGGGACAGGCUCUUAACACAUUCCUUGCUUGGCCGACACAUCUAGUCAAGCGUUUAUCAGAACAGGGAGCUGUGAGACCCGCGAAACCUGCAGAUAGGCCGGAUGAUGAGGUCGAUGAUCCGCUAUAUCUAAUGACAUUGACCAUUCCACAGCUUUUUCUGAAGCCAUUGCAGGUUAUGUGGGAUGCUACCUUGUUUGGCCUAUUUAAUGAAAACUUUCCCUUGUACAUAAAGCAUGAAGAUCUGUCUGAAAUUGCACAUGGUGGUCAAUGUCUCAGCAUAUCUGUUAUACAGUUGUGGAUUCUGCAUAUGACUGAGACAAGUAUGCGAGCUGGGAAUAUCGAUGUGUAUGGAUUCCUCGAGCCACAUAUUGUGUAG